AUGAACGUGGGCAUGCGGAUUUUCGGAGCCCAAUUUGGCAUUUAUUCGCUGAAAAACUACAUCCCCAUAAUGGCUGCAGUGGUGGUGGCCGCAGUGGUGGGGGAAAUUGCCCACAACGCGCGGCUCAAGAGGCGGCAGCUCGAGCAGGCGCAGCGGCUGGCCCGCAUGCGGCGGCUGGUGCGGCGGCAGCGCCGCAAGAGGGACUUGGCUUUAAUGGAGGCCCAGAAGCAGCAAAGAAUGGCCAUAGAAAGCCGCUGGGCACUUCCCCCCGUCUAUGGCUAUCUGGAGGCCCCAGAAGCCUUCGAGUCUUGGCAGUUUUCUGGGCCCCGGAGGGGCCCCCAGGGCCCCCGCCCCAGGCUCAGGGGGCCCCCCGAGUACCGCAAACGGGCCAGCCGGGGGCCCCCCUCAGAGGCGGAGGAGCAGCUCUCUGCGGAGGGCCAGCCGCCGGCCGACGAGCAGCAGCAGCAGAAGCAGCAGCAGCAAAAGCAGCAGCAGCAGCAGCAGAAGAGCCAACGGGAGGGUGGUGAACCAGCAGCAGAACUGCAGCAGCAACAAGAACCAGCAGCAGCUGAACAGCCCAGCCAACCCCACCUAAACAACUCCACGAGCUCCAGUGAACGAACAAGCGAAGCAGACUAA